AGGCAUAUCUUUAUUUUGCUGUCUCUUCUCUCUUCAACCAAUUUUUUUUCGGAUUGCACUUUUGCUACACAGUCUGAUAUAGUGAAAAGCAUAGUCGUUAGAUUUCGGAUCAGAGAAAAUGGCAGAGGAAGAAGUGAUGGUGGAAGCAACAACAACAAGCGGCCCGGUUCCAUCGGAUCAUCACAAGAGAAAGCUGGAAGAUUUCGAACCUGAAGAAGUCGGGUCGGACCCGAAACCGGAAGCGGAGUCGGAUUCCGUGCAAAAACCUCCUGCUGAUGAGGAAGAUGUUGAUGGGUCUGAAGCUAAAAGACCUCGUUUGGAGGAUAACAAAGCUAAUGGAUUAGCAGCCCAAAAUGGUUAUGAGGAGAAGAUAGAGGAAGAGCCGAAAGAAGAUGACAAUGUGCAGCCGUCAGAGGCUGAAAAGAAUGAUACUCACCCAGAGGUGUCUCAAGAAGUAGCCACGGAAGCUGCCGAAUCAGUUAGGGAACAACCUGCUGAUACUGAUCAGAAAACAGGGGAUGUUGAACAUUCUGAUGCUGAAAAAAUUUCUGAGGCAGAGAAGAGUUCACAGGUAGAUGAACCAUCUAAAGGUGACAUUCAGGAGCUUGAUGUAGAGAAGAGUACACAGGUCGAUGAGCCAUCUAAAGGUGAAGGUGACAUUGGGGAGCCUGAUGCAGAGAAGAGUACACAGGUCGAUGAGCCGUCUAAAGGUGACAUUCAGGAGCCAUCAGCUGAAGCGCCUGAAACAGAGGGUGUUCAGCUCGAUCAAGAGCAUCCAGCCUCUGAUGAUCAAACAUUUACACGCAAAAUGGAGGUCCCCAAUAAUAAGGUUGGGGUUCUUAUUGGAAAAUCCGGGGAUACUAUUCGAUACCUGCAAUACAACUCGGGAGCUAAAAUUCAGAUAAUGCGUGAUGCUGAUACAGAUCCACAUGCUGCAACCAGACCUGUCGAACUGAUUGGAACAUUAGAAAAUAUAAAUAAAGCUGAAAAAUUAAUAAAGGAUGUCAUAGCUGAGGCGGAUGCGGGUGGUUCUCCUGCACUUGUGGCUAGAGGCUUUGGCACUGUGCAGGCUGUGGUUGGAGAACAGAUCGAGAUACAAGUUCCAAAUGAGAAGGUUGGUUUAAUUAUUGGAAAAGGUGGGGAAACUAUCAAGAGUCUUCAGACAAGAUCAGGGGCACGAAUUCAGCUGGUUCCACUUCCUUCUGAUGGAAAAGAAUCUAAAGAAAGAACAGUGCGAGUGACUGGUGAUAAAAAGCAAAUUGAUAUGGCAAGAGAGAUGAUCAAAGAAGUCAUGAGUCAGCCUGUUGUAAGGCCAUCAACACAAUCUUCGGGUUAUGGUCAGCAGGCAUUUCGCCCACGUGGCGGAGCUGCUCCCCCACAAUGGGGACCCCGAGGUGGUCAUCCUGGGCAGUUUCCAGGUUAUGAUUACCAUCAAAGAGGACAAUAUUCAUCUCGCAGCCCACAAUAUCCACCUCCUGCUUAUGGAAAUUAUCCUCCACAGCAAGCACCAAGAGGCGGAUUUGGUCAGGGUUGGGAGCAAAGGCCUCCAGCCUCUAUGCAGGGCCCUCAGUCACAGGCAAACUACAGCUAUGGGCAGGCACAUGGUCCAGAUUAUGGCCAGUCAUACCCUCAUCAUCAAGCACAGCAUGGACAAGGCUAUGGGCAUGGAUACACUGAUGUAAAAUAUGAUCACCAGAUGGCACCACAGAAUCAGUAUGGAGGACAUGGACCUUCUCAGCCGACAUCUUACCCUCAAAGUGCUGCACAUCCCAGCUAUGGCACACAUGAACAAUAUGGUAAACCUCCUUCAUAUGGUAUGCAUCCACAGGCUUCCCAUUCGCAACCUUACAGCCAUCCCAGGGCUAAUCAACCUGGAGAAGUGCCAUAUCAGCAGGGUCCAGCUCCAUCAACUCAAGGAUAUGGUGCUAGUAUGCCGCAGCAGCAGCAGCAACAGCAGCAAUACCCCUAUGCAUCUAGUGGGCAAAUGCAACAAACUUACCCUGCAUAUGGAUCCACCGUUACCGCCGAUGGAUACAAUCACCCACAAGCUGCUCCAGCUUCUGGUCCUGGGUAUCCUCAGCAGGUAUCCUCAGCAGCUUCUGGUACAGGAUAUGGUCAGCCUGUACCACAACAACCUCCUGCUUAUGCCCAAGCAGCCCCUGCUGGAGGUUACAGUUCCUACCCUUCGCAGCCUGCUUACACUGAACAGCAGGCGACAGGCAGUGCAGGCUAUUAUCAGGCACCAGUUGACCAAACUUACAGUGGUGCUCAGGCUUCAACUACUUAUAGCGCACCAUAUACUGGACAGCAAGCUUAUGCUCAACCAGCUACAGUUCCUGCUGCAGCCCCGGCUCAGCCUGGUUAUGAUCAAUCCAUGGCUCAAUCAGGUGGUUAUGCAACUGUACCUGCUGCUGCUGGUUACGUGAAGAGUGUCUCGCCCCAGCCUGGUUAUGCACAGUAUGAUGCUAAUCAGAUGUAUGGUGCCCCAAGGUGAACUUGUUAUCUGAUGAAAUUGUUUGAGGGAAUGUGUUCUGGCGUUCUUGUUCACAACUAGGCUGUUAGUUCGUAUUAGUUUGAAUUUCAGAUCAUUUUCAUGGCACAUGGAAUAUUUUAUUAGUGCAAUGUGUACUUUGUUUUUGCUUUGUCAGCUUCAUACACGCCUAAUCAUAAAUGCUAAGAAUUUAUGUGAAGUCGGUAUUUUCUGCUUCACAAACUUUUUGUAGGCAUAUGGAACUCUUGUGCUAGUUGUAGAAAUGUAUUUUCGAAGUCUUGCGUUGGUA